UGAAUAUUAAAUUUGCCGCAUAGAAAGGUGUUUAAUUUAUUAGAAUGAGCACUCCCGCUAAAAAUAAUGGCACGGGACUCGAGGACGUUAAUAUACCGGGCCAGGCGUAUUUGCGCGAGGCCCUCACCUCCUGCACGGACCCGCUGAAGGCAAUUGAGAGUUUUCAGCUGGAGAAUGGGGUGCUGUUGCCGUCGUUACGCCCCAUGCUGCCGCUGCUCGACCUCCAUGGAGUGCGGCGUCUGGAUUUCCACACGUCCCUGAUGGAGGAGCUGCGCGACAAGCUGAUUGCCCACAUCAACGAGCUGGGCCAGAAGGAGCCCCGGGAGCGGGACAAGAAGCUGAAGGAACUACUGGUCAAGAGCUUUCCCGUCGUGCGGGUCAAGUCGCUGCGUCCGGUAGUAAUGGCCAUCUUAAGGAACACCCAGCACAUCGAUGACAAGUACCUCAAGAUUCUGGUGCGCGAUCGGGAGCUGUACGCCGACACGGACACGGAGGUGAAGCGCCAGAUCUGGCGGGACAAUCAGUCGCUGUUUGGCGACGAGGUCUCGCCCCUGCUCUCGCAGUACAUCAGGGAGAAGGAGCACAUCCUGUUCGACCACACGAACCUCAAUAACUUGUUUUUCCAUCCUACGCCCAAGGUGCGCAGGCAGGGCGAGGUGGUGCAGAAGCUGGCCAACAUGAUCGGAACAAGCGUGAAGCUGUACGACAUGGUGCUGCAGUUCCUUCGCACGCUCUUCCUGCGCACCCGCAAUGUUCACUAUUGCACGCUGCGCGCCGAACUGCUGAUGGCCCUGCACGACCUGGAGGUGCAGGAGAUCAUCUCGAUUGAUCCAUGUCACAAGUUCACGUGGUGCCUGGACGCCUGCAUCCGUGAGAAGAAUGUGGACAUCAAGAGAUCGCGCGAGCUGCAGGGAUUCCUCGACAACAUUAAGCGCGGCCAGGAGCAGGUGCUGGGCGACCUAUCGAUGACCCUCUGCGAUCCCUAUGCCAUCAACUUUCUGGCCACCUCGGCCAUCAAGAUCUUGCACCAUCUGAUCAACAACGAAGGCAUGCCACGGGACAAUCAAAUUCUGAUACUCUUACUGCGGAUGCUGGCCCUGGGCCUCAGUGCCUGGGUGAUGAUCGACUCGCAGGACUUUAAGGAGCCGAAGCUGGACUGCCAGGUGGUCACCAAGUUUCUGCCCGCCCUCAUGUCGCUCAUGGUGGACGAUCAGUGCCGCAGCCUGCACGGGAAACUGCCUCCGGAUGAGCGCGAGUCGGCAUUGACAAUCAUUGAGCAUUCGGGGCCGGCGCCGGAUGCCGUAGAGGCGUACAUUCAGGAGAGCGCAGUAUCCAGCAUUCUGGCCAUGUACUAUACCCUGCACACGGCCCGCCUCAAGGAUCGUGUGGGUGUGCUGCGCGUCCUGGCCAUACUCUCCGCCUGCAAGGAUCAUCGCGCCUACGAGGAUCCCUUCCUUCACUCCCUGAUCGCUCUGCUCAUUCCGAUGAGCGAUGAGUUCUCCACCGAGGACUUUUGCACCACCCUCUUCGAUGAGUUCAUCUUUGCGGGUCUCACGCGCGAGAAUGUCACCUCGCGCCACAUGCUGAAGCUGCUGUGGUAUGUCCACAACAAAUUGCCCUCCUGCCGUUUGGGCACACUGAUGAAGGCCAUGCAGCCGACGACGGCCCACAAUGAGCAUGUGCACAAGCUGUACGAAACGCUGACGGAUCGAAUUGCGGGCACGCCAGAGACACCGGUGGUGGAGGCACCGCCAGCCGACUUUGAUUCGCCAUUGAAGUCGGUGCCGACGCCAGGACCGCACUACAAUGCGCAAUAGCCAGAGGCCACGGUGGUCGCGGUAACAGCGGCUGUCGUCGGAUGAUGGACAAUCAAUGAAGCUCUGGAAAGAGUGAUGCAUGGGAUAAUUCUAGUUCUAAUUCUCAUUAUAGUGAGAUGAUGAUGUGGCUUUUACAGCCCUUGCAGAGAGAAAGAGAGAGAGAGAGAGAGGAUUAGCCGUAGAAUUUGUUGUACUGAUUUCAGAUCGCUCUCUGGGGAAGCACUUGCUGCACUUUCUAUAUGAUGGAUCUUAUAUCCAAUUAUCAAUCAUUCAAUUCAUUAAUAGCCACACGUCCGCCAUAUGUCUGUCUGCUUUGAGAACUAGAGCGGUAGGCUUCAGAUUCAGAUUCAGGAUCAGGAUCAUAUCACGCCAAUAUACAAAUAGCAGCUGCCUUAACUUGUUCGUAUUUUUGAAAAAGACAAAAGCAAUCAAACAAAUUGUAGUUAAAUCUUAGAAACCAAUCCAAAUUUAUGAAUAUAGUACACAUGGCAUAUACAUAAAUAUAUACAUAUACAUAUAUGUAUAAGUAAACGAUAGAUAGAUAGAUACGAUCUGCAGGGGGAGUAUUUCCAUCUCUUCUGGGACGCCGCUUGAGCCUCCCUUUCUGUUUUGUCCUUGUUCUUAUUCGUAUGUUUAUCAUACACAAUUUAUAGAGCGCAUAUAUCAUGAAAUCUUUUGGCAAUUGGAGGAUAUAUACAUAUAUAUAUUUAUAUAUAGAUAUUGGCAUUUGAUGGGGUCGCACACAAAUGGCCAACAAUUGUUUCAACUUAUUAUGUAAACUGUUACGCGAAACGUAAUUGAUUGAUUAAUUCAUUUUAGCAAACAAAUAAUAUAUACUA